AUGCCCACUAGCAUGCUACUUCGCUCCCUCUUCGUGGCAACAAUAUCCUCCAACAAAUUCCUUCUUAUCCCUUCACUUCACCUCCUUGACUUCCUCUCAAAGCCAGACCGGACCUACCUGUUCAACAUCGAUCGAAACCCCGUGUUGAAAGCACUUCUGAAGCGAACACUGUACAACCAGUUCUGCGCAGGAGAGACAGAGACCGAAACAAAAGCAUGUGUCAAAGAGCUGAAGGAUCUCGGAUUCAAGGGUGUGAUCCUGACCUACGCAAAAGAAAUGGUCUUCGAUCACAAGUCCAAGUCAUCGAACCACCACACUUCGGAUAAAUUCUUCGAAAAGGAGUGUGCAGUAACAAAGGAUUGCGAUAUUGAGGCGUGGCGAGUAGGGACUCUGGGAACCGCCGAUUUGAUCUGUGAAGGCGAUAUCCUUGCUUUGAAGACAACCGGAGGUGGCCCAGCUGUUUCAGAGGCUUUCAGUAGAGGCGAACUUCCACCCCAACAGAUGCUCGAUGCCUUGGACGAAAUCGCCGUGAAGUGCAAAAAGAAUGGCAUUCAAAUCAUCGUUGAUGCCGAAUCUCAGCACUGGCAAAAGGGCAUCGGCCGCACCACCCUCGAGCUCAUGCGCAAGUUUAACACGGACGGAAAAGCCGUCAUCUACAACACCUACCAAGCAUACCUGAAGAGCACCCCCUCAGUCCUCGCCCAGCACAUGGCCGAGGCAGAGAAAGACGGCUUCACACUUGGUCUGAAGCUCGUUCGUGGCGCAUACAUCCUCUCAGACGACCGGUCCCUGAUCCACGACACAAAAGAAGACACAGACAACGCCUACAACGGCAUUGCACAAGGCGCCCUCCGCCAGCAGAUUGGCGAAUUUGGCGGCUCAGAACCCAAUGCCCGCCCCUUCCCAUCUGUCAAUCUCUUCCUCGCCAGCCACAACCGCGAUUCAGUUCUUUCAGCAAACAAACUGCACCGACAGCGUGUGCAGGCAGGCCUUCCCACCGUCCCCAUUGCUUUUGGCCAGCUGCACGGUAUGUCGGAUGAGGUUAGCUUUUCGUUGCUAGCAGAGAAGACUGAGAAUGACUCUCCGCCUGAGGUGUUCAAGUGCUCGACGUGGGGUAGCAUGGGUAACCUUGGGACCCCCAUUCUGAAGAGCCUGAUCAACGCGUCUGGCGACUCUCAAGCAGCGAACUUCAACAAGUACAUCGCCUGCGUGCACAGCGAGAAGUCAGAGAAAAGACUGAGCGAGCUCUUUUCCGACCACACAUCGUCUGGAAAGCUGUCCAUUUCAAGAGGCAACAAUGUCAAAGCCGCACAAGAGUCCGACAUCAUAAUCCUCGGCGUGGACCCCUCAGAUGUCGAAGCCACACUAAAGCAAGACGGCCUUGCGCAAGCCCUCAAGGGAAAGCUACUCAUCAGCGUCGCGGCCGGCUGGUCACGUGAGAAUAUUGAGAAGCUCGUCUCCGCUGGCGGUGCAUCAAACGAGUCGGAAAGAACAUGGGUCCUACGCACCCUUCCCAACGUCGCAGCGCAAGUCUCCCAGUCCCUCACUGCGAUUGAAGACCCCGCCGACGGCUUUCCCGCCAAGUACAUGGAAAUCGCAGACGCCAUCUUCAGCCAAGUAGGCAAAGCAGUGCACAUUGCCCCGCGUUUGAUGAACGCGACGACAGCAGUUGGCGGCUCAACGCCUGCUUUCUGGGCCAUCAUCUGCGACGCGUUCAUUGAUGCGGCGGUUGCUGUGGGUCUGCCCCGAGAUAUCGCACAAGCCCAGAUUUACCAGAGCAUGCGGGGUACUGCGGAGAUGCUACAGAGUGGUAUUCACCCGGGUAUCUUGAGAGAUCAGGGAACUAGCCCUGAGGGGUGCACGAUUGGCGGUAUCAUGGUACUCGAGGAGGAAGGUGUGCGGGGUGGGCUUGGGAAGGCGCUCAGGGAGGCUGUGACGAUUGCGCGGGCGAUGGGGAGUGGGAAGGAGGAUUUGCAUGUCAAUGAUACGAGGCAGUUGUAGAGAGGUUGUUUGCUUGAACAUGGAUUAGGUGUCCAGGAAGAAACUAGGCUCACAAUCAUAUGCCCGGUUCUUGAAUGCCUGUGGAGGGUGCUGGUGAACCAUAUCGUGAAGAAACCUUGGCCACAACGGGAGGGCUGAGAGGAGAAGAAUUCGGAAAGCUCACCCAGAGAGCACUCAGUAAAUGGUGUGGUGUAUGCAAUAAUAACUACUAGUACUGAUACUCAACUUUGGAGAAGAAGAAGUUUCAAAGCUCACC